GCAACAAUUUAUUGUAUUCAUAUCAAACAAGCAUAAAUAUGUUAUUUAAAACGGAAUCGGAUAAAUCUGCAAAGAUUGAGAAGAUAUUUCAACCACUGGAAUUAGAGAGACAGAGUGUGGAAUAUAAGGAUUGUUCAAAACGAUUUUAUGACGUUUCCAGGGAUUUCUCCAAACAAUUUGCCCAUAUUUACUCUGCUAGACUUAACACAUUUAGAAAUAUCUUGGAGCCAGUGAUAUAUAAGAAGUGGACUAACAAGUACAAGAUACUGAAACUUUGCGAUUUGCGUGAAAAAAAUACUACUUGUGUAAUAAUUGGAACACUGUUUAAACUCCAGGAAUUGAAGCCCAGUAUACUGAAACAACUUUCAGAUCAAUUGGAGAUCAUUCCUCAGCCACCAAGAACCCAUUUUGUUCAUGAAACAGAUACUGUUGUACUGGAAGACGAGCUGCAAAGAAUCAAAUUAGUGGGAGACUGUAUUGAUGUGCAUCAAGUAGUUACAGGGGUGGUCUGUGCAGUAUUAGGUGCUGAAGAUGAAGACGGAAUAUUCACUAUCAAAGAUAUUUGCUGGGCUGGCUGUAACAUACAAAAACCCUUGCCAAAGUUAGACUCUGAUAAAUACAUUGUCCUGACUUCUGGUCUCAACAUGGCAGGCAACUCACCGGAGCAUCUGUUCUCCCUGCACUUGUUGGUGGAGUGGAUAUCCGGCAUGUCCGGGACUGCACAGUAUCAGGAGCAACUCUCCAAGAUAGUACGAGUUGUUGUAGCUGGUGGACUAUUUGUAAGCCAGUCCAGUGAGACUACAGUCACAGAGUCAAAUGUAAUUUCAUCAGUGGGGUCCGUGGAUGGUUUCUGUGCCGCUGUCAGUGCCGUCGCUCCUCUGGACCUCAUGCCUGGAUGUAAAGAUCCCGCUGGAGUCAUGCUGCCACAAAAACCUUUUCAUUACUGCCUGUUCCCCAAGGCAAUGGAAUAUAAAUCAUUCAAUAGAGUAUCCAACCCAUAUGAAUGUGAUGUUGCAGGUUUUCUUUGCCUAGGGUCAUCUGGCGAGCCAGUGAAGGACAUCAUGCGCUAUAGCAAGCUUGAUGAUCCCCUGGAAGUGAUGAGGAAGACAUUGCAAUGGCGCCACAUGGCCCCAACCUGCCCCGACACAGUCCCAUGUACACCUUGCAUAGACACGGACCCGUUUACUAUCUAUAACUGUCCUGCCGUUUACUUUACUGGCAACUGCAAUGAAUUUGCCACAGACUUAUAUGAGGGUGAAGAUGGACAAUAUGUAAGACUUGUAUGUAUUCCGGAUUUCAGCCUUACAAAAACAGUUGCAGUUGUUAACUUAGCUAAUUUAGAAUGUUAUAGUAUGUCAUUUUUAUAAGCACUGAUUAUCUAUUGUAUUUUCUUUGUUUUAAUA